AUGGCCAACCAACAUCAAUCACAACAACAGCAGGCGAACCGGUCAGGAGGAGGAGGUGGUCCACUCGGCGUGACGGAGCCGAUCUCGCUGGCCUUCCCCAAGGAUGCCGACGUGAAGAUGUCGACGGAGCUGGAAGAGUGCCUAAGGGGCUUCGACCUCUUCGAGCCCGAGGACAUGAUGACGAAGCGGUGCAUGAUACUGGCGCAGCUGAACAACAUUCUCAAGGAGUGGGUGAGGGACGUGUCGGCGAAGAAGAUGCCGAUUCACGUCGCGGAACAGCUCGCCGGCAAGAUCUUCACCUUUGGCUCAUAUCGACUGGGCGUCCACACCAAGG